AUGGCACAGCACAUCUGCAGUCGACAUCGAGGCCAACGCAUCCAAAAAAUACAUUGCGACGACCCUCGUAGCCAAUCAGGGUGCCAGCACGGCCAUUCGCAGCACCAACACGGACACCACGAUGGCAUGAACCGAAGAUACGGUCAUAAUCAGUGUCAUAAUCACGGCUAUGACCAUUGUGAUAUGUGUCGGCGAACUUCCAUGCGACAUAGUGGAAGUCGAGAAUGUCGACAAAUGCAUCAACAUAGACCGCAAUGCCAUCGAUAUCAAGAGUGUCGACAUCGUUGCGGACGACGGGUUAGCGACAGCAGCGACAGUGACAGUGAUGACAGCUGCUAUGACUACGUUUGGCCUGGAGGUCCGAGAGCUCAACGAAAUGGAAGGAGUUCAAGGCGAAGUAGUAGGGGAUCAAAACGUAGCAAAUCACUUUUUACUCCCAUGAAUUAUGGCCAUCCAGGGUGUCAAGACUGUCAACAAGCAUGGGGUGACGCUUAUGACGCUGGACCAUAUCAACAUCCAUCACGGGUGCAGCAAAAAUACCAGCCACUGCCACCACCACAACAAGGACAGGGUCAAGGUCAACCGCCACCCGAACAGCAACAGCAACAACAGCAGGCACAACAGAAACCACCACCUCCAGAGCUGGAAGAACUGCGGAAGAAUGUUUUUAAGGGUAUAAAGGAGUUUAGCAGAAGCCUGAGGAAGCAACAGUGGUAUGGAGAUAUGGAUUAUGUACGAGGCACUCGCAAGGUGAAGCACGGGCAUAAGAAUGAGUCUUUGGAGGACCACAGAAAACAAUCGAGGCGCCGCGACUGGGUACAGCAUUACUAA